AUGAAUUGCGUUAUCAUUGUGGUUUUUGUUCAUUUUGUGUCUUGUGAUCUUAUUGAUCAUCAUUGGGAGGACUUCAAGAAGAAGCAUGGAAAGGAUUUUAUUUCCCAAACAGAAGAACUUCGCCGGAAGUCCACAUUCGAGAAGAACAAGCAGCUUGUCCUCGAACACAACGAUGCGGCAGCGGAAGGAAUACACUCUUACAAUCUCACUCUUAACCAUCUUGCAGACGUGGACAAAAGUCGGCCUCAUCUAGCAAGAGGUCUUAGCGGAUUAUUAGGUAGUAGACACUUGCCCAAGGAACUCAAGCACAGGCUGGAGGCUCCAGAAGAGGAAAUCCCGGAAGAGCUGGACUGGAGGGAGCGUGGUUUCCGGACCCGGUCUCUCGACCAGGCGGACUGCGGCUCCUGCUACGCCUUCACCGUAGCAAUGGCCUUGGAGGCACAGGUAUUCAAGAAAAAUGGAACCCUUUAUGAAUUAUCAGAACAGCAGCUGAUAGAUUGUUCGGUGCUCUUUGGUAACCUGGGCUGCAGAGGGGGCUCACUGAGGAACACAGCCAAGUACUUGCAGCGGUACCACCUCCUCACGAGGGACAAGUACCCGUACAAGGGUAAGCAGUCUUUAUGUAGGCUUCAGGCACUCUACAAUACGGAAGGAGUCGGCGUGAAGACCUGGGGAGUCCUGCCGUACGGCGACGAAGUGGCGCUGAAGAAGGCUGUCGCGACGGUCGGACCGCUGGCUGUGUCCGUCAACGCCAAUCCGGACACCUUCCAACUCUACCACUCCGGUGUAUACGAUGACAGGUCCUGCGACGGGAGCACUCUGAACCAUGCCAUGCUGCUGGUCGGCUACACCAAGCACAGCUGGAUCCUCCAGAACUGGUGGACAUCCACCUGGGGUCAGGGGGGUUUCAUGCACCUCAAGCGUGGCCACAACAGGUGUGGCGUCGCGUCCUAUGCGGUUUAUCUGAAAAUUGAAUAAUGAUUGCUAAGGAAUAUUUAAGAAUAAUGUGGAAGACUAAAACAAUGCCAAC